UCUUUCCUCCAACAUUGUGUCAUCAUUAUCUGUACCUAAUAAAGCUAUACAACAUGUAAAGUUUCAAUCUUUAAUCUGAUUCGGAAAUGGCAACAUGCAUUGCAUUGCAUUGUGUUGUUCUAUCAUAAACAAUUUUCAAACUUUUACAUUUUAUUGAAAUCCUGGGGAGAAAUUGAUAUGAGGGCAAUCGUUUGUUUGCUUGAAGAAUUAGAAUUUGGGAACAAGUUUCUUGCUUUGUUCGUGAAUCACAGAUGGAAGGCCUAAGUAAGGGGGAUAGGAGUGAUGUACUUGAGUUUCCCAACUGGAAGAUGAUGAGAUUGUAGAGCGUUUUCGGGGGAGAUGGCAGCAAAGGGGAAGCCAUCAGUACAAGUGCAGAGGAACUUUGAGAGGUUUAUAGCCAUUCUAACAUCUGCAGCAUGUGAAUGGUUUUUGAUAUUUCUUCUGUUUGUCGAUGCACUGUUAUCCUAUCUGCUGACUAAGUUUGCGGUCUAUUGCGACUUGCAAAAGCCCUGCAUCUUGUGCUCAAGGUUUGAACAUAUUACUGGUAAUGAAAGUUCUCAACUUUAUGAGGAUCUACUUUGCAGCAACCACAUAUCGAAGCUCACAUCUUGGAUAGCUAGUCAAAUUUAUGGCAAUGGAAUGCAUGAAGAUUAUCUCUUUCCUUUCACCACAAGGGACAACUCCAACCGAGAAAUGCACAUGUUUUCAGUUGGUAAUUCGGUAUCAGAUGUUGAAAGUUAUAGUUCUCGGAGGCGUGUGCCAAGCAGAAGUUGUGUUCAUAGUCCUGUUCACAGUUCUGUGGGUGUAGGGCAAUGGUCUUGUUGCUGUAGUCUUUGGGGACAUAGAGGAAAGUUUAAAGGACUAAAACUCAAAUCAUCUGGGACAAAACAUGCCAAGCCUAAUAUUCCUUUGCCACGUUUGCCAAACAGUAGCCGUUCCAAUCGAAGCCGGGAUAGUUCAAAGAAGAUCAGGGAUAAGUCUCCGGCGUCAGCCACUAGUCGUUGUUCUGCAAAAGUAGGAGUUGAUCCCUUGUUUCAUGUAGGAUACAGUGAAUUGAAGUUCUUCUCUGAUACUGACUCAGAGUUUCUGUUUUCUGAUGGGGAUGAUGGUAGCGGUUUAACCAGUGUAAAUCAUGAGCCCAAGAUGGAAGGUUUAGUACGUGCUUCACGAUAUCGGCCUAAAGCACCACCAAAUGGUUUGAGGUCAGGAAGGCCUACCAAGCGUCCCCCCAAACCCAAGCGGUCACUUUCAGAACCAUGGCCUGUUUUUAGGAAAGCCUAUGAUGUAAAAUCCUUGGGUUCUGAUAACGAAUUUGAGACUGGCCUCAGUAAGCUUAACUGUCAACAAUCCAAUAGGAAGUCCAACCCUUCUGCAUUACCUGAGCUCAUUUCACUAGAUGACAUCCUUUCGUCACCCAAUGUUCUAGAAAAGGCAGAUAUUAAUGGGACAGGGGACUUUGGAUAUGCAUCUAUCAAUAAGAAUGUUGAACUUCUGAAGUCUGUAUGUGCAGCAGACGGAGCACCUGUUAAAAACGAUCCAGCUCUUAUAAAACCAAACCAUAGUAAGGUAGAUGCUGUGUCUGAGUCAGAGGUAAGUGUUAGGGCAAGAGAUUCGUCUGGUACUACUACAGAAGCUCCUCUUAUGAAACCAAACCCUAGUAAUGUAAAUGCUGUGUCCAAGUCACAGGGAAGUGUUCGAGAAAGAGAUUCAUCUGGUAUUACUACUGAAGCUUUUAUAAAACCAGACCAUAAUAAGGUAAAUGUUGUGUCACAGUCAGAGGGAAAUGUUAAGGAAAGAGCUUCAUCCGGUAUUACUACAGAAGCUCUUAUACAACCAGACCAUAGGAAGGUAAAUCCUCUGUCUCAGUCAGACAGAAGUGUUAAGGAAAGAGAUUCUUCUGGUGUUUCUAAAGAACAGCCAGCAGUGAAGGAACCCGAUAGAGUUGAUGAGGAAAUGGAAGUGCUAGCUUCACAGGACUCUUCUGCUCGGGAGAUUAACUUGUCAGCAAAGAAUACAAGUUCGACAGUAGAUGGUUGCGUGGGUGAAAAACAGACAACUGAUGCCUCCAGCUCUAAUGCAAAGCCAAUGCUUCACACGUCAGCAUCAGUAGAAUCUGGUCUUGAAUCGCUGGAUGGAGGGUAUGUCAGUGAAAUUGAAGGUGAAAGUAUAGUUGAUCAGUUAAAACGACAGAUUGAUUAUGACAGGAAAUGCAUAAAGGAGUUGUAUAAGGAAUUGGAAGAAGAAAGGAGUGCCGCUGCAAUUGCUGCAAAUCAGGCAAUGGCCAUGAUCACAAAGCUCCAAGAAGAGAAAGCUGCAUUCCAUAUGGAGGCCCUUCACUGCUUAAGAAUGAUGGAAGAGCAGGCUGAGUUUGAUGUAGAGGCACUGGAGAAAGCCAAUGAUCUCCUGGCUGAAAAGGAGAAAGAGAUACAGGACUUGGAAGCAGAGCUAGAAUUUUCUAAGUUAGACUUACAAGAUGAAUCGAUAAUGGAGAAUCCACUUGACAAAAGUUGUGAUAUGAUGGGGGGGAUUGACCUGGUGGAGAAUACUGUUAUGCCCGGUGUAAAAAACGAUCUCAAUGUUACUUGCAACUCAAUGGCUACGGAGGUAUCCACAGGCAGUAACCAACCUCCUUUUUCUGAAACUACUCUUUUAGAGUUUGAAGAUGAAAAAUUGUACAUUUCAAAUUGUUUGAAGAGCUUGGAGAGGAAGCUUUCUGAACUUUCCAGCAGAGGGGCUUCCUCCAAAAUGCUUAAUGGUGGGCAUUCCCAAAAGCAUAUGGAUGAUGGACAAAAUCAAGCAGAGACUCCUAGAAAAGAGAGGAGUCUAUUAAAUGAUGGACAAAAUCAAGAAGAGACUCCUAGGAAAGAGAGGAGUCUAUUAAAUGGCCAGCUUGAAGAGAAUGUUCUGCAUGGGCAAAAAGAUUUACAUAUGUCUAACGGUAGCUCUGCUGCUCAAGAAGGGCCAACUGGUUGUGAUGGCGGUGAUGAAUUAGAAUGUGAAGACAAUAAUGCUGAUUCCCAUGGGGAAAAACAUAUCAUGGAUCCUGGAGAAAUGGAUUUGGUUAUUCUGGAAAAUGAAAUCUCAGACCUUAAUGAUAGGUUGGAGGCACUUGAGACUGAUCAUGAUUUUCUUGAGCACAUGCUCUACUCUCUUCAAAAUGGAGCAGAAGGACUACAAUUUGUUCGAGAGAUAGCUCAUCAACUGCAAGAGUUGCGGAAGAUAGGGACGGGUUUCAGAUGAUAUUCUGCUCCCUGACUUCAAAUAUAUAAUGAAAUUAAAGUUAAAGGCAGAAAUCAGGGCACAUACGGGAAGUCUUGAUCGGCGAGCAGUUGGGUGCAAGAAAUGGUUCCUUCAGUCACCCAAACACCAUGAAAAAUCAAAAUGAUUUUAUGUACAGGUACCUGCCAAAACUGUUGGAAUGAAAAAAAUGGUCUAUACUAGGGCAUAGUGUAUCAUCUUAGAAGUACAAUUUUCCAUCAUCUUUUCCACUUGUGGGUCUAUUCUUUCUUUCAUUUUUGUUUGAUUUGAGAGCUGGUAGGUUUUGAAGUCAACUUCAUUGAUGUUCUUAUCGAGAUUGUAAAGUUGGCAUUUCCAAGUAGUCCAAAUUUCUUGUUCUCAGGUCUACCUCCUAUUACAGCCAAGCCACAUCCAUUGUAAAUUCAAGUAGAUCUCUUAUAGUAUAUUUAGAGAGUUUA